AUGGGCCAUAGCCGCAAGGCAACACGCCUCCAAGCCGGCCCACACACCAAGAAUCCCGGUCGCUGGUUCUACACGUGCCCCCUUGGCCGGGACGACCCCCAGCGCUGCAAGUUCUUCAAGUGGGAGGAUGAGGUGCCCGGCGCUGUAGCUUCUCCAGUCAAGGGACGCACCCUAGGCGGUGGACAGGUCCUCGGCAGCAGUGCAGGGGGCAGUGGCCAGACACUUGCCCAAUCGCCCUCCAAACCCACUCCUACCGCUGCUGAAGGCGCUCAGCACCGCACACCCAAGAAACCCCGCAUCUCCCCAUGGUUCACCCCUACCAAACCCGAUCCCGCGGCUCCUGCUGCGGCCUCUACGAAACCAUCCGACUCGGGUUCGUCCGCCGACCCCGUCGACGUCUUCUCUGACGGCUCAGAGGAUAUUGACUGGGGAAGCCUGGACACGCCUGCGCUCGAGCGCGAUGCAACGGAACACACUGCACACCGCGACCGCACGCGCGAGAGGGAGAACCACCCCGCGCCCGUGGCUGUUCCGGCCAAGUCGACGCCGGCAGGACGGCUGGCGGACCGCCUCGCUGCGGCCGCCGCUGGCAAGCGCAAGCGGGAGGAGGAGGACCAGGCGGCAGCUGGAAGUGGCCAGGAGGGAGGACCAAGUGGUGUUGUUGACACUGUGGGCGAUCAGACUCCUACUCGGCCACGCUCGGCAAACCCGUUCUUAGAAGACACGCCCACGGCCACGACCGCCGUUCCCAGGACUCCCGGCACUGCUUCCACCACCAUGUCUGCUGUCGUGCCCCCAACGCCUGCCGACGGAACAUCGAGGCCAACAGCACACCCGGCGCUCGGGCCUGUCAACUUGGCGCUCGAGGGACUGGGCGAGCACCUCGCCCGCCAGGACCGCCUCGUGCGCGCUGCCGAGGCGAUGAAGAAGAGCAUGCGCGUCACGAUUCGGAACCUCCAGGACCGCAUCAGGGAGCUCGAGAACGAGGUGGAGCAGCUGAAGAAGGGCAAAGACCCAUAA